AAGAAGAACGAUAUUUCCGGUCACAUGACAGCUCCUCAGACCAGGAAGUGCAGUGGUCGAUGUAGCAUUUGAAAACAAGUGGAAGAGAAGCUGAACGUUCACUUAGCUGCGAUCGCCUGGAAGCAUCUUCAACAUGGAGGACACACUCUUCCAGCUCAGAUUCACCACAAAGCAGCUUGAGAGACUGGCCAAGAAGGCUGAGAAGGAUUCUGAGAAGGAGCAGGCCAAGGUCAAGAAGGCGUUGCAGCAGAAGAACGUGGAAUGUGCCAGAGUUUAUGCAGAGAACGCCAUCCGGAAAAAGAAUGAAGGUCUCAACUGGCUGCGCAUGGCGUCCCGAGUCGAUGCUGUGUCCUCUAAAGUCCAGACGGCUGUCACCAUGAAGGGAGUGACCAAAAGCAUGGGCCAGGUGACCAAGGCUCUGGACAAAGCUCUGAGCUCCAUGGACCUGCAGAAGGUCUCGGCCAUUAUGGACAAGUUUGAAACUCAAGUACAGAACCUGGACGUCCACACCUCGGUGAUGGAGGACUCCAUGAGCUCGGCCAUGACGCUGACCACGCCUCAGGAGCAGGUGGACGACCUGAUCCACCAGAUAGCAGAGGAGAGCGGCCUGGAGGUGAUGGACCAGCUCAACCAGCUGCCGGCAGGAGCCACCUCUGUGGGCGCUCCGAGCACAGUGAGCCAAGAGAAGGAGGACCAGCUGUCUCGAAGACUCGCUGCUCUACGGAACUGAAGGCUGCUCUGGGAGCGGUGACGGCGCUGAUGGCUGCGAGGAAGCAGAUGACAGGAAGCUGUGUGUGUGUGUUUGUGUGUUUGCGUGCGUGUGCGUCUCAAUCGAACUGUUCCUAUCGGGAGGACUUAAUGAGGCUAUUGAUUCCCACUCUCCUGCUUUAUAAAUACACACACACACACACACACACACCACCUGAGAGGCAUGAAUCUCUCUCUCUCUGGUUCACCUUCCCAUUAUCGAUCCAUUUCUAUUUUCUCCUUUUAAUUCCCCACUGGGUCUCAAUCCCCCCCCCCCCCCCCCCCUUCACACUGGAUGUCUGCUUUGUACAAGAAGAAAAACAUUUUACAGACUGUGUAAUGUAGAGGGAUGGAAACACAGAGUUUUAAUGGGCACUUAGAGUCAUUAUACCAGAGUAGACAGUCGACUUCCUGUUUACACCACAUGACCAGUGUGUGUGUGUGUGUGUGUGUGCUAGGCUCCAUCCAAACUACAUCCUGUUUGUGGACAGAGAUUAUUUCUGAUUCUGAGAAAUCAUCCGGACGAGAUCGAUUUAUUUUAACAAACACCGUUUUACAAAUGAAGGAUUUCAGGUGGACGGUGAGUUCACGUUUUUUAAAAACAUUUUUUGAUCCAUUUGUCAGAAAUGGUUUAAUAGUUGAUUAUUUUCAGAGGAACAAGAUUCUUAAAUGAAUUGGGGGGGGGGGGGG